GUAAAGACCUCUCAGAUUGUCCAGCAGAACCUCCUCAAGACCAGCAAGUCCAUCCGGCAGCUCUAUAGCUCGGCUGCUGAUGUUGACAGCAAAGUCAUCGAGUGCAAGCUGCAGGCGUUACUGAGGCUCGAGUUGUGUAGACUUUUCUCAGCAAAGCAGUCUGACUCACUGGAUGUUGAUCAGAUGGCAGAGGAGGUGGCUGACAUGCUCAGGAUAAUCUCCCUCACUAAAGACCCCGUUGUCGUAGAGAGGUUCCUCGGAGACGAAGUCCUGCCGGG